AGCGCAUCCGACCCAAAAGAAGAGCAAGCACAAACGCCACCAAACAGACGACGCCGACGACGACAAAGCGAACCCCUCCAUUCAUCUCCCCGAAACCAAGAUCAAAUAACAAAAAAAAAAAAACCCAAAAAAGCCAAAAAUGCAUCUCAUGUGCAACGUCGACGCCUCGGGCAAGCGUGCCUACACCCUCAAGAAGGUGCUCGAGGGCAAGGUUACCAAGUCUGCGCACCCGGCGCGCUUCUCGCCCGACGACAAGUGGUCGCGCCACCGCAUAACCCUCAAGAAGAGGUUUGGGCUGCUGCAGACAGAGAAGAAGGACCUCAAGGCGCUCCAGUCGUCAUGAGCUGUUUCUUGUGUUCUUCUUGUUUGUUCUGAGCGGUAUAAUUCGGGUUAUUCAUAUUUCUUAUCCAAAUGAUAAAUUUCUACCUGGUCAAGGGAGAGGCGUUCUUGGCGCAACAUCUGGCUUAAUGAUGGAAGGGGUGGCGACCAAAAAGGUGUUGGAAUCCUGCAUGUUUGUUGUGACGAGUCCAACAGAAAUAAGUAAGCAAGGGCUAUCUCUUGCUGAGACUGCUUCAUCUGUGGUAUGCCUUGGGAUUACGGAGAGAAAAGUCCUGCAUGUGGUGGUCAUCACUCGUAUCAGGUCUAUAUUUUGGUCAUGAUGCUUUUGUCUAUCAAUCCGUGUAUCGGUGUAUCUUUAAGCUGGUAUUCUUUUUGCAAGGAAAUGGCAUCACACAACAAGCAAUCACCUCCGUUUCUUCCCAUUCACGUUACGCCCUGCGCCGACCUUGAUCCGACCGUUUCCGCCUGCCCUCUCACCAGUCAGGAUGCCAGGCAGAUAGUCCUCGUCCAUGAGAUCUCUAACUCUCGCGCGGCGCUCGUCAUCCACCUUGCGCUGAUACUCCUUUUGAUCUUCGGCAAGCAGCAAGUCCUUGCCCCAUCCGUUCUUACCACCACCACUCACAGUCUUUUUCCCGCUCGCGGUACCAUGGACCGGCUUGGGGAUGCUAAAAACAUUGCCCCUGUUGUUCCAUUGAAAGUUGCGCUUCAGGUGCACCUUGAAGUUGCCGUUGGUGUCAGUGGAGCAGCUUGUCCGCGUCAGCGUCGGCUGGCCGCACUUGGGACAGAACUGCUUCUCCAUCUGCCGCGUCACGGCGAAACAGCCGUGGCAGCGCAGAACCCAAGAUUUGAGGUGCGUGAUGCGCGCGAGGGUAGGCGAGACCACGUUGAGGUUGAUGCGCAGGGAUACGUUUUGCAUGGCAAAAUCAGAGGUGAGAAGGGCAGCCUGGAGGACGCGCUGGAUUGGUUGCUCUGGCGCGCGCGUGGGGUUGUCCUUUGCCUUGUGCUUCUUAAUGUUUGACGGAGUGAUCCAUUCGCCGUCGCCGUCAUCGCUGGCCGAGUCUUCUUCAUCGACUACUUCGGUAACGCUAUCUGGCUCAGCGGUUGAAGCAUCCAAGUUUAAGUUCUUGAGCUCUUCGACUGGUGCGGCAGGUUCCCUCGAAGACUCUUCUGUGCUGGCAACGGGGGGUACAUCCUCAGUGGUGCCGGCUUGCUCUGUUGCUGCAGGGACAUCGGUCGCUACAUCUGAAGUCUGCCCUGUUGUCUCUGUUGACUCUGUUGACGGCUCCUUCGCGGUCUCCUGAUUAACCUGAGCAUCUUCUUUCUUUGGUGGGCUUCCGUUGACCCUUUGUUGGUUAGGGGUAUUCCUUAACCUCCAGUCACCGUUGUUCCUCUCGAUCUCCAACUCGUACGUCAGGGCUAUUAACGCAAUAUCCGGCCUGCUGAGCACCUCGAGAUCUCCUGUGCGACGCGCAAAGUCUGAUACAAACUUGAUGCUCUCAGGCUUCGGACUCCUCAACUUCAAAAAUGGUAAGAGGGUGUUGUUGAUGCGUGUCCGGGUCGCUUCGUCUCGUAUCUCCUCGAGAACGGCUGGGAUGGUGUAUAAUUCUUCCGCGCGGGCGAUCAAGGUGCUGACAGCCGGAUCGCCUUUGAUCAGUGGCCCUGUGUCAAGUACAAGGGUGUGGAUAGGUUUUGUUGGCGGCGUUGUCGUGGAUGUAGCAGCAACUGUGUCGAGGGUAGAUGGAGGGGCCUCCGCCUUGGGUGGGUUCUCUGCAGACGCAUCGGCCUGUACCUCGGGGAGUGCUACUGAGGAGGUCAUGACGGGGGUCUUAUUAUAUGACGUCCCUUCAGUAAGUUUGAUAAAAAAAAAUAAGAAUGUCGGUGUUAGGCCGAAAGAUGCUGCGCUAAUACCAACCGAUCGCACAAUCAAC